AUGUCAGCACCAAGCCUAGAAGAUCAAUGUCCUUCAGAUGCCUCAAGCAUUUCAGAAGGAUAUGAUGGAAACUGCAACAAGAAGAAUAUGAAACUGAAAGAAAAAGUAUCGGAAGAAUCCGAACCAAAGCCACUUUGCCUCCUACUCGAUCUGAAACUGUCAAAUGAUACGAGCUGUCAAGUAGUGUCAAAGCACCAGGAAGUCAAUCUUUUGAAGCCAUCAAACGUGGGUGGCUCUUCUUCUCAGGCAAGCGAGUCGUCGAGCGAGGCGAGACGGGACGAGAAGCAGCCGCGGCCGGAGACAUCAUCUAGGGUUUUCUCAUGCAACUUCUGCAAAAGAGAGUUCUCUACUUCUCAAGCACUGGGAGGACACCAAAACGCGCACAAACAAGAGCGGGCCUUCGCGAAAAGGAGGCACGGGAUGGAUGUCACGCCUUUCGGACACCCACCCCAGCCCUAUCACUACUAUCCCUAUUCAAGUUUCCCUCACCAUGUCCCCUUUUAUGGCUCAAUUAAUAGUAGAUCAUCAUCAUCGCUGCUCGGGGUCAGACCGGACUCCAUGAUUCACAAACCGUGGUCUCGUUUCGGCCACGACGCGUGGUCUAGGUCGGCAUUGAUGAAUCCACAGCCAUACUAUGAUAGGCCAAGGAUCAUAGGUGACACUACUAGUACCCAGUCAAAUAAUAUUAAUAUUGGUGGGUUGGGAGUUGGAGGGUCUUCUAAUUUGUUUAGAGGGAGUGGUUCUUCUUCAGCGUUAUUGGCUUGUUUGAAUAAUGAUGCUGCCAAUAAGGCAAUUGAAGGUGACACUAGUACUGCAAAAGUAGACAAAUCGGACUGUGAACAUUCCGAAUCAUCAGGACUUGAUUUGAAUCUCAAGCUUUGA